UUCAAAAACUCCACCUCAGAAUCCUGAGCUACGAGCACAUCUUUUAGAAGGGAAUCCUACCCCACAAUGUACUGACCUCAAAAGGCUUUAGAAAGAAGAAAGAAACACUCAAGCUUCAGCUACACUGCAGAAACACUAAAAUCCAGGAGGAAUUUGGAGAAACAUUCUGUUUUACUCAUAGGCAGACAUUGCUUAAUAAACCACCUCUGGGAAUGAUGUUACAGUGGAGUUUGACAGCAAGGGAAAGGAGGCAGAUUUUCUGGGCAGCGUUCUGUGUUUUGAGCCUAUUGGAAGAUCAAGUUUCAGGUGUUGGUUCAACAUCCAGUCCUACUGCAUCACCUUCUACUGCAUCACCUUCAGGAAAUUCUUUUUCAAGAGUUUCCACCCCUGAAGUGCCAACAACAGCAUUCAGCGCUCUCUCAACAAAGGCUUCCACUGCCACUACAAAUAGCAAUCAAACAUCAAGAGACAUUUCAAAUAUCACCACCAGCCCUUCAGAUCCUGCUUCAGUGGAGAAUGUAACACUUGUUACAACCCCCCCAACAGGGGGUAAUACAACAUCUGCUCACAUCAAUGGGACAACCACCUCUUCCCUGACUUCAUCUACAGUUCUGCAAAAUGUUUCUUCAACUCAUCAACCAAAUAAUUUCUCUGACUCACCUACCACAGCCCAAGCUGGUGACAGCAGUAUGAUGGGCAACAUCACAUGUUUGAAUAUCAAGCAAGUAACUACUUCUCGUGUGAUUUGCUUGAAGCUCAAUGAGAUCUACUCAUGUGAAGAAUUUAAAGAGAAGAAAGGAGACCACUUUAAAAACAUGAUUUGUGAAAAGAAGUCAAAUCAAUGUGACAUCAAACUGGCAGAUUCAGAGUUGAACAAGGACUGCAUACUGCUAGUUGAAGUUAACAAGAAAGGUGCCGACGUACUAGAUGCUCUCCUACAGAAACAAACUGCUUUGACACAGCUAGGGAUACAAUAUGAAAAACAUGGCAUUGAAAAUCACAAGAGCUAUACCCGGAAGACACUUAUUGCCUUGGUCACCUCUGGUCUGCUGCUAGCAUUUCUGGGAUUGGCUGGAUACUGCCUUAUGAAACGACGGAGCUGGAGCCCCAUGGGAGAGAGGCUGGGUGAAGAUCCAUAUUACACAGAAAAUGGCAGUCAUGGCAACACCGUGAUCCCUGUGGCCUCUCAUGAACAGCCUGAUCUGCAGGAUAAACCAAACCUCAAUGGAGGGGCCCGGGAAAAUGGGACUGGCCAGCCAGCCUCGAAAAAUGGACAGUCAUGCAAGCCCCAUGUUGUUGCUGACACUGAACUGUGAAACAUGCAACAGUCAAAAGUCUCAUUAAAGUGGCUUGAAACAACAAAGUAGAAGGAUAGAGAAGCUAAGAAGCAAAAAGUAUUAUAAAUGGCAUCAUAAUCCUGUUUUGUUUUGAGAAAGUUUCAAAAAAAAACCAUUUUAAAGCAUUUUUUCCCUAAGAGCUGCCACAGGACUUAGCUGUGUACAAGUUUUUGUUUCCUUAGCAAACUACUUCAGUGGGAUUUCUUAUCCGACUGGGCAUAUAUGUUUUUGCUCUUUCUAUUUCAGACCAAAAUGAGAUGUGACUGACCUUUACAACUAUCCCUCCAAAGAAAAGAGCGAGAUUUUGCCUGGAAAUCUAUGGCAUAUUUAUCAUUGUUAGGAAAUUGUUCAAUAGGGAGAAGGACCUUGUAAAGAGAUUUAACUGUAAAUGAAUGGUGGAACAUUUCACACUUGGGUCAGUAGUUCUGAUUCAUGCCAUCAUUUUUAUGUGGUACAGUGAAUCACAGUGCAAUCCUAUGCAUAUCUACUCAAAAGUAAGCCCCAUUAUAUUUAACUGUGUUUAUUCCCAGAAAAGUAUGCAUGGGAAUAAACCCUCACUCUUGUACAUGCUCUAUUGCAUGACCAUGUGGUGAAUCACCAUAACCUGGAUCAACACCUGUUUUGAACAUUGCAAGAUGUGAAGACUUGCCUUUUGGGUGAAUACUGGUACAUUUAUUAGACUAGUUUACCAAGUUAAACUACCAAAAAGAUCAAAUUGAUUUUUUUUAAAAAAGUAUAAAAAACCCACCAAUGAGGUUAUUUCUUUGGUUGAGUUCUACUUGUCAUUCUUACACCCAGUUUAGAAAUUCUUCUUUGCCUCUCUGUUUUUUGUGUUGCUUUGCUUACUGGCAGCAACUCUACAACCUAUCAGAAAUUCAGGGAUUACCUAAUCUGGCAAUCCCUGCGCUACAUAGAAAAAGUUCUUUAUUAGAUUUGCUUCUCAGCAGAAACUAGGUGGCCUUCCAGUUAAAAAACAUUAUCAAGUGUGGCAAAACAGCUUCCAAAACCAAUACUAAAGUGCAGCAGGCAAAUGGCCUGAAAUUACAAAUAUCACUCAUGUGUUCUGUCUGUUCACGAGGUCUCCAUGGGGACUCAGUUUUCAUUGUCCAUAUAAGAACAAGCAAAUAUAAGCAGUGCCAUAGGAAACUUAUGCUUGGCUGUAAAGCAGACAGCUUAAUCCUUAAAAACUUCAUCAAUCCUAUUCAUGUUUAAGUCCCAUUGAAAUGAAUGGGACAAAGUAAUCACUAGUCUUUAUUAUGUGCAAUAGGAUUGAAGCAAAACUAAUAGUGCGGGCCUAAACAGAAUUAAACCUUUUAAAGCCAAUUGACUUGAAUAAAUUUAGAAGAGUAUAAAUGUUGUUAGGAUCACACUGUAACUUUCUUUGGAUUGGGUCUUCUAAUGUAUUUCUUAAAAGAACAUUUUGGAGGUGUACUUACACCUGUAAAUCCAAGUUUUGGCUUUAAUAAUUUUUGAUAUCUCAGGUUCUGUGGAUUGGUUAAACCCAAUAUAUUAAUUGUUCCCUUUCCCUGCCCUGCUAGGAAGCUGUUUCCCCAUUUUGUGUUUUAUUGCCCUUCCCAAGUUCAACGACAUCUAAGCUUUUUUCCAGAGGGUAAGCCUGUUGGUCAGCAGUAGAACCGUUAGAUUCAAGUCCAGUAGCAACAUAGACACAAACAUGAUUUUCAGGGCAUGUCUUUCUUCUAUAAUCAAGCUGAUUACAAUAUGCAUUGUACCUUAGCAUUCUUUACA